GUACGUGUGACCAUGCCGGCGAAGAAGAAGAAAAAGCCGCACCAAGCAGACAAGGCGACCAAGCGGCCGCAGGGACCUACAAACCCGGCCGUCGAGGAGGAGCUGUUAGCACUUCAGGCCAUCUAUGCCGAGGACCUGGACGUGCACCAUGAUGGCAUGGGGUUUGACCUCCUGGUCCUGCCCUGGCCGGGCGGGAGCGAGGAAAACCUCUGCUCUGUGGAGCUGUCAGUGCGGUACCCGCACGCCUACCCCACGCAGGCGGUGUCCAUCAAGCUGAAGAACCCGGACGGGCUGCACCCGGCCGUGUGCCGGCAGCUGCUGGAGCAGCUUAGCGCCAGCGCCACAGCGCACGCGGAAGGCGAGGAGGUGUGUGUGUUCGCGCUGGUGGACCUGGUGCAGGAGCGGCUGCGGGACGUGAACGAGCGCUGGGCCGCGCACCCGGAGGAGCUGCAGCAGCUGCUGGCGGAGGCGGAGGCGGCGGCGGCGGGCGGCGCCGUCUUCGGGGCGUCGGGGCUCGGCGGCGCCGCCGGCUCGGGCGAGGCGCAGUCGUCGCUCUGGCACGCCAUGCAGCGGCGCAACGGAGACAUGGCGGCGGCGGCGGCCACCGGCUCUGUGCCGCACCCGCUGCACCACCAGGCCAGCAGUGCAGGCGGGCCGCACGGCGCCGCCGGCGCCGGGCCCUUCGCCUCCACACUCAACAGCGGCGGCGCCGGCGCCGGCGCCGGUGGGUUCAGUACCCUGGAGCGGCAGGCGUCACUCAGCGGCGGCGCCGGCAUGUACGGCGGCGCGGGGGGUGGGCUGGAGGUGUCGGGCAUGUCGCUCGUGUCGGAGCCCAGCCUGGGGUACGUGGGCGGGCUGGGCGGCGGCGCGGGUGCCGGCCUGUGGGCGUACGACGGCGGUUUGUUCGGUGACAUGGAUCUCAUUGACGGCGAGGCGGAUCUGGAUCCAGCGGGGCUGUUCGCAGCCGCGGCGGCGGCGGCGGCUCCGGUGCCGCCGCCUGCGGCGGUGCCGCCGCGCUCGCUGCCGGCGGCGGUCGCCGCCGCGGCGGGGGUUGCGCCGCUGUCGACGCUGCCAGGGGUGCGCGAGGACUCGCCACCGAUGCAGCAGCCGCCAGCGGACGGGGCGGCGACGACAGAGUCACCGCCAGCUGCGCCAUCGCCCGAGUCGCCGCCGCCGCACCCGCAGCCGACGGCGGCGGCGGGCGCUGCGGCGGGGGCGCCGCCGCGGGCUCUGUCACCGCUGGGCCCCGGGGCGGCUGGCAAGCAGGGCGCAGCGGGGACCGUGCCGUCAGAUGAGGAAGACGAAGACGAGGAGGACGAGGACGAGGAUGAGAUUGGAGAUGAGGAAGAGGACGAGGACGAGGCGACGAGGUCGGGUGGGACGGGCGGCGCGGCGCGCACUCGCGCACAAGGGGCUCGCGCGUCCAGCGGCGGCACGGGGUCUGGCGGUGGCAGCGGCGGCGGCGGCGGCGGCGGCGCAGGGGCCCGGCGAGCUGCGGCGGCGGCGGGGGCUGUCGCUGGCGGUAACCAGCCACGGCGCAUCUCGUCCGCAAAGCUGGCUCGGCGACUGCCCAGGGCCAUGCGCGCGCUCAUGGCGCUCAACAGCAACAGCAACAGCUUCAGCCUGGAAGAGGCGACGCACACACACACACACCACACCCGGCAGCAGCACCAGCAGUUACGGGCCCUGCACCACCAGCAGCAGCUAGGCCACGGCCACGGCCGCCACGGCAGCGGCGGCAGCGGCAAGGGCAAGGCCGGCCGCAAGGGCGGCGGUGCAGCGGCGGCGGCGGCUUCACCGCCGGCGCUGGCAGCGCAGAAAUCCACUCGUGGCCGGCUGCCGAGCAGUAGCAGCGGCAGCAGCAGCGACGAAGAUGAGGAGGGGGAGAGGGAGGAAGGGGAGGGGGAGGGCACGACGGGGAGCACCAGCCGUGGUGGCGGCGGCGGUGCCGCAAGGGGAGGCCGGGGCCGCGCGGCAGCGCCCGCGCACCGAGGAAGGCUGUGGGCGCACGGCGACGGCGGCAGUAGCAGCACCGAGGAGAGCAGCAGCGGCAGCGGCAGCGGCAGUAGCAAUGGCGAUGAGAGCGACACGAGCUCGAGCGGCAGUAGCGCCGGCCGCGCGCCGGGCGGCGCUGCUGGGGCGAGCGGCCGUGGGGGCCGCGUGGAGAACUCCUGGUCUGGCUCCACCAAUAGCGGUAGCAGCGGCGACGUGCGCACCCAGAUGCUGAUUGGACACCUGCUGACGCUGGCAGCGGCGGGCCACAACCUGGACGCUCGCGGCGGCGGGCUGGACGCGCUGUGCGGCUACCUGCGGCGGCACCGGCUGCUGCCGCAGUGGGUGCAGUGGCUGGUGACGCGGCAGCCGCACUUGUUCGACCAGGCCUUCACACGCAUGUUCGGGCAGGAAAUCCGGGCCGCGGCUGCUGCCUCCGCCGCCCCCGCCGCGGCGGACCCGGCCUCUCGCGUGCUGUCGCGCUUCUGGAACCGCCAGGCGGUCGCCGCCGGACUGGGGCUGUCGGGCACCGGCGGCGGCGUGGCGGGCUCCCAGGGCCAGGGCCAGCGCGGGCCGCUAGCGCGCGGCCCCAACACCAGCGGCGGCGGCGCCCCGCCGUCCGCGUCGGCCGCCGGCGCCGCCGCCGCCAUGGCCGCCGCGUCCAGCCGCUACCUGUCUGACUUCCAGGAGAUGUACCGGCUGGGCAAGGGCGGCUUUGGUGUGGUGGUGGCGGCCGCCAACAAGCUGGACGGGCGGCAGUACGCGGUGAAGAAGAUCAAGCUGGACAGCGGCUCCCCCGCCUCCUACAACCGCAUCACACGCGAGGUCGCCACGCUCAGCCGCCUGCAGCACCCCAACGUGGUCCGCUACUUCCAGGCCUGGACGGAGUCGCUGACAGUGGGUGCGGAGCUUGACGGCGCGUCUGAAGAGGAGGACGAGGAAGACGAGUUUGGCGAGUUCAUGGACGACGAAGAGGAGGAGGACGAGGGCGAGGAGGCAGCGUCUGGAGGCGGUGGUGGGGCGGGUCUGGACGACACGUUGAGUUUGGACGACUCCAACUCGGCGUUUGGGUUUGGCAGCGCGUCCUACUCGCGCGACUCGGGCUCGCAAUCGGCUCAGCAGCAGCGCGCGGUGCCCAUUGGCGGCGGCGGCGGCGGCGGAGGCGGCGGCGGCAGCGGAGGCGGCGGUCCGGUGCGGCUGCACCACCUGCUGCAUCCACAGGCCCGCGGCGGCCUGCCGCCGGUCCGUGAGGAGGCGGCGGAGUCGCAGUUGGGCAGCAGCCCCUCCCUCCGCGGCGGCUUCCUGGGAGGCGAGAACUCGUCCGACAACUCCGCCAGUACCAUCACCACCAGCACCAGCAAUACCGCCAGCAUAACCGCAAACACGCCCAGUGGCAGUGGGGCAGCGCCCGCGACAGCGGCGGCGGCAGGCCGUGGUAAACACGGCGGCGGCGGCGGUGGCGGCGGUGGGCGGGGCGGAGGCGGCGGGAACGGCGGCAGUGGCGGCAGUGGCGGGAGUGGCGGCAGCGGCGCAGAAGGAGGAUCCAGUGCCGCGGCGAGUGGCAGCGGGGCAACGGGAAGCGCUGGAGGCAGCGGCAGCGGCGCUGCAGGCGCAGGUGCAGGUGCAGGUGGAGGUAGAGGAGGUGGUGGUGGUGAGACAGCACCGUGGGCUGCGACGCUCGGGCGCUUCGGGUUGCUGGCGGGCGUCAGUGGCGACACCACCACAACAGAAGACACCAGCGCCGCCACCAGCGUUGCCACCAGCACCGCAACCACCACCGCAACCGCCACGGCGACCACCGUCACUGCGGCGACACGGGGCGGCGGGGGGCAGCAGCCCGGGGCGCGGCGGCCGCAGCUGCGGCGGCCGGAGGGCGGCACCGGCGGCACGGGCGGCACUGGCACCGGGCAGAGGCGGCGGCGGCGGCGGCGUGUGACGGACCGCAGUAGCGCCGGCGGCGCGCCCACCCAGAUGCUGUACAUACAGAUGGAGUUCUGCCCCCGCACGCUGGCGGGUGUGCUGCAGUCGGGGCCGCUGCAGGAGGAGGACGCGUGGCAGGUGCUGAGAGGCAUACUGGCAGGCCUGGCCUACAUCCACAGCCAGGGCGUCAUCCACCGCGACCUCAAGCCCGCAAACAUUUUUUACGGCGCAAACGGAGAAAUCAAGCUGGGAGACUUUGGACUGGCCAAGUUUCACGGUGACCCGGGCGCCGGUGACCCAGCCGCAGGUGGCGGCGCCAGCGGCGCAGCCGCCACUUCCGCCUCCGCCGCCACCACCGGGGCCCUGACGCCUGGCGGCGGCGGAGGAGGAGGGGGCGGCCCGGGCCCUGGCGGCCACAGCUGGCGCGGCGGCGCGGGCGGUGACGGCACCGCCCCCAGCGAGCGCACGGGCGUGUGCGGCUCCUACUACUACAUCAGCCCGGAGAUUGCGAACGGCUGGGCGCGCUACGAUGAGAAGGUGGACCUGUGGAGUCUGGGGGUGGUGGUGUUCGAGCUGUGGCACCCCUUCGCAACAGGCAUGGAGCGCGCGGUGCUGCUGCACGACCUGCGCGACCUCGGCCGACUGCCGGACGCCUGGGAGCGGGCACACCCGCGCGUGGCCCGGCUCAUCAGGUGGCUGAUGGCGCCGCACCCCAACGCGCGGCCCAGUGCCCGGGAGGUGCUGGCCUCGGACCUGCUGCCGGCGCGGCUGGAGGACGAGCAGCUGACCGACCUGCUGCGCUACCUGCCCUCCAACACGCUGGCGGCGGAGCGGGUGGUGGGCGCGCUGUUCGGGCUGGCGGAGAGGCAGGCGGCGGGAGGAGGAGGAGGCGCGGCGGCGGCAGACGGAGGCGGACCUGCGCGAGUGCCACCCGGCGGCGCCAACAGUCUGGACGGUGGCGGUGGCGGCGGCGGCGCGGCUGGCGGCGGCGGCGGCGGCGGUGUGGCGGGGUUGUCGGCGCUGCUGCCGUUUGACGGCGGCGACCUACCGGGGGCGCCGCGGGUGCAGCACGCACAGGUCCGUGAGGAUGUGGUGCGGGCGGUGCGCAGUGUGUUCGAGUGCCACGGAGCCCGCAGCUUCUACAGCAGCCAGGUGGGCUACGCGCACCCGGGGCUGGCCCCCGACGCUGUGCGGCUGCUGUCGCCUCACGGGGCGCUGCUGGCGCUGCGGCACGAGAUGCGCUACCCCUUCGCGGUGUGGCUGGUGCAGCAGGCGGCCAGCGCGCCAGUGGCGGGCUCGCUGGACAGCCUGCGGCGCUACGACAUCAGCUACGUCAUGCGCAGCGGCCGCGCGCGCAGCCUGCCCUCCUCCUACUGCCAGGCCGACUUCGACAUCCUGCACCCAGCCGUCCUGGGCGCCGGCUCCCACACCGACAAGGGGCGUUUGCUGGCGGAGGCGGAGGCGAUCAAGGCCGUCACCCAGAUCUUGGACUCGUUCCUGCCCGAGAUGGGGCGAUACGAGGUGCGCGUCUCCCACCGCGCCAUCGACCGAGCCCUGUACGACAGCCUGGGACUCACUGCUAGCAGCAGCAGCAGCAGCAGCGGGAGCGGCGGGAGCGGCAGUAGCAGCGGGGCAACUGGCGGCAGCAGCGGCGGCGGGCCGGGAGGCGCGGCGGCAGCCGGAGCGGGCGGGGCCGGCGGCGUGGCGGCGGCAGGUGCGCCUGGUGGGGCUGGGGCGGCGGCGGCGGCGGCGGCGGCGGCGGCGCAGGGUGCUCGGGAGAUGGAGAUGGCGGCGCGGCGGCUUCUGACGACUGCGCUGCGUGCCAGUCCCAUCCUGGGGGCAGUGCAUGCGGAGCAGCGACUGAAGUCCUGGCCGUCUGUGAAGGCGGCUCUGGACGGCCUCGGCCUGCCCGCGGACAAGGUGGCGCGCUGCAAGCGCUGCGCCUGCGAGCUGCCCGGCGAGGCGCCCACAGCCCUUGCCAAGCUGCGAGCCUACCUACAAGAGACGCUGGCGGGCGGAGGAGGUGGCGGCGGCGGCGGAGCCGCCGUCAGUGCCGCGACUGCCGCCGCCGGCGGCGCCGCCGGGCGCGGCGGCGCCGUCGGCCCCGGCAGUAGCAGCCUGACGUCAAUGGGCUCGCUGGGUACUGGCAGUAGCAGCAGGGGCGCGACGCCGCUGUCUUCCAUGGGCAGCGGCGGCGCCGGCGGGGGCGGCAGUGGCGGCGGGGGGCUGCCGCCGCGGCCGUACUCGCACGUGCCGCUGCCGCCGGCGCUGGCGAGUGCGCUGGAGGAGGUGGCGGUGGUGGUGCAGCUGCUGGAGCAGUGGGGCAUACCCGCCAAGGAGGUGAUUUUGGAUCCGCUGAUGAGUCCCGCCGCCGAGUACUACAGCGGCGUCAUAUUCCAGAUCCACAUGCUGGGAAUGGCGGCGCCCGCCGGCGGCGCGGCGGGCGGCGACGCCUUUGCCGGCGGCGGCGCGGGCGGCGGCGGCGGCGGCCACCCCGGUGGCGGCUGGCAACACCUGCACCGGCCCGUGCCGCUCAGCCAGGGCGUCAUCGCUGUAGGCGGCAGGUACGACGCGCUGCUGCGGGCGCUCUGGGCGGCGGCCCACAGCACCCACCACCACACCGGCCCCGGCGGCGGCGGCGGCGGCGGCGGCGGCGGCGCCGUGUACGGGCAGUACGGCCUGCCGCCGCCGGGGGCGGUGGGCGCCACGUUGAACGUGGAGCGGCUGAUUGCGGGCGUGUCGCAGCAGCGCGCGGCGGCGGCGGCGGCGGCGGGCGGGUACUACUACCUGGGGGGCGCGGCGGCGAGCGAGCUGCAGGCACUGGAGACCAGCAAGGCGGACGUGUUGGUGUGUGCGCGCGGCGGCGACGGCGCUCUGGCGCAGCGCAUGGCUCUGGUGUCGGCGCUGUGGGGCGCGGGGGUGCGAGCGGAGCUCAUGCCGCGGCCCAGCCCCUCGCUGGGCGAGCAGUACGCCUACGCGCAGAGCCGCGGCGUGCGGCUGGUGGUGAUCCUGGGGGACAAGGAGGCGGCGGCGCACGACGUCAAGAUCAAGUCACUGGACAAGAAGGGCGACAACGCGACCGUGUCGCUCCAGGAGGCCCCGCGCUUCCUGGCCGCAGCCAUGGCCGGCGGCUACCUCACAACAGGCCGCGGGCUGCUGGCGGCGGCGGCGGCGGCGGCGGCGCAGCACGUGGGUGGCAUGGUGGGAGCCGGCGGCGCCGCCGGCGGCGGCAUGCUGGGGGGCGGCCUGGCGGCGCCUGGUGGCGGCGGUGGUGGCGGUGCUGGAGGAGGUGGUGGAGGUCACGGCGGCGGCAAGGCGGAGGGAGGGGGAGGGAGGGAGGGCGGCGGUGGCGGGCGGGACCGGGAGCGCGGCGGCCGUGGAGAGCGUGGCGGCGGCGGCGGCGGCGCGGAGGAAGCCGGCGGCGGCGGGCGUCGUGGCGGCGGCGGCGUUGCGUCGGAGACGGAUCGCGACCGGGACCACGAGGGUGGCGAGCGGGAGCGGGAUGCCGGCGGCGAGCGGCAGGCCGGUGGGGAGCGGGAGCGGCGGGGCGGGGAGGCGCGGCACCACCACCAUCACCACCACUGGACGGAGCGGGAGGGCGGCGGGCGGCGCCGCGGCAAAGGCGGCGGCUGAUGGGCGGGUGCGCAGGCACGGUGUGGAAGACUAGCUUGUUAGAGGUUGAAGUACUCGUAGGCAUGAUGUAGGAAUUGGGCUGUACACCGAUAGAGCUCGAAUGGCAGAGUGACGCGUGCACGGUGGUAGAUAGCCACGGGGGGGGGGCGGGUGCAUCGCCUCUCACUGGAGUGCAGGCUCGCGUGCCGGCACUGGUGGUUACAGUAGGUGACUGAAGGUUGCCGUGCAGACACGCAGCCUAGGGACGGCCGAGGUAGCGGUCACACGCUCACAUGCCCAAACCAGCAUGUCGCAGGCAAGCACACUAGCGCCGGCGCGUGCGCUGGCCAUUUGGCCAAACAACCUGUGGGCUGUCAGCUGCGGGCACGGACGAAGUGACGAACCCGCAUAGGCUCCGGGCCAGCCCCGGCCUGACACCGCUCUGCACCGCUUAUAACGGUGUGCCAUGUAACUCGCACACAAU